AUGCUGGGGUCCGCGGCCGAGACGCUGAAGCAGAUCAGCUCGCAGGCGGGCAUACUGGAGGCGCGGGUGGUGCAGACCCAGGAGGAGAACGAGGCCCGGAUAUCGCGGCAGAAGGCCGUCUUCGAGCAGAAGCUCAAGGAGCAGGCGCAGGAGAGCAAGGCGAUCGAGGCGGUCAACACCGGCAUCUCGCGGGAGAUCGGGAGUCUGAAGAAGGAGAACUUGGAGACGGAGAAGCACGCGAAGGAGCUGCAGUCCACGAACCGCAUGAUGAGGGUCGAGCUCUCUACUCUGAAGGCCAAGCUGGCAGUGUCGAGGGAGUUCCUGACCGCCAGCUUGCUGAGCACCGACGACAGCAAGGCGCUGGAGCUCGACAUCCUGCAGGACGCGCAGGCCAAGAAGCAGCGCGAGGAGCACCAGGCGGGUGGCUCGGGCGCGACGGCGCGGGAGAGCCACGACGCGGAGGCGCGGGAGGACGACGACGCCGCCGAAGAGGACGAGCCAGAGGCCGAGGACGCCCAAGACGACGACGAGGGCGAGGCGCGUGGCACGUCCUUCCUGGCGCUCUCGAGCAGCACGGUGGCCACCGGCGGCAGCAUCGUCCGCGCGGACGGGGGCGAGGAGGCGUCCGACAUCGCCGAGGCGGCGGACCGGCCGGCCUCCGACCCGCGGGACCUGCUGAAGGUGCUGUCCACCGGCGUGGACAGCCUGGAGAAGGAGGAGAAGGAGAGCGAGUCGAGGCUCAAGGCGCUGUUCUUGGCGAGCUUCCGGGACGGCACCCAGCGGCGCAAGGCCUUGCUGCUGCAGCAGGGGCAGCUGAACGCCACGCGGGCCACGCUCCUCGACUACCGCGCGAAGCUCCAGGCGGCGGACGGGCACCUGCCCCGCACGCGCGGCGAGCUGGAGCACCGCCUCCGCGCCGUCGGCGCGUUCCUGCAGCGCCUCGCGGCCGCGGCGGUGGCCCCGCCGGCGGCCGCAGACCGGCAACCCGCUGUGGAUCGUCGCUCGCUUGUCUCGGGCAGAUCCGUCCGUGACGGGCCCAGCCGUGCGAGAUCGCCUGGCUCGACGAAGCUUGGGCACCAGGACCUCCGCGCCGGAUCUCCGACUCGCGA